AUGUCUGACCCUAGCCAAGACAUUUUUUUCCUCCCCUAUGAUCCGGUUAGAGCUUCUCAAAGGGUACGCCAACUCCAGAAUUCAGAGGCUCGAGCUCAUGCUGCCCGCGUCGCCCACACUCGGCGACGGUUAUAUGCUCCGUUGCUGUUUCUCUCAACAGCUCGAAAGCCGAGUGAUAAUGGUGACGCCGACAACUAUUCAAACGAGAAAGUUUCUGGUGCCUCAUCGAAACGCAAAAACAGAAAGCCCUUCCGUCGAGUUUCAGCGGCAAAACUAUCUGAUCAUCUUUCUCCAGUAACUAUUCUGCAAAAGGGCAAUUCAGAUCCUUUUGACGUGAGCGCUGUACAGAUCAGUGCUGAACUCAACGAAGUUCUUUUGUUUUACCAACAAAACGUCCUGCCCUUAUUUGUCACGUAUAUGCGGGCCAAUUUUGUGACGAUAUCAACAGGCAAGGCAAGCUGGCACGACCGUUUUUCAAACCUCCACAACGUCUACUCCGCUUGUGGAUUACUUACUCGUACCGCGGCUCUCAUGUGUCGCUUGCCUUUUGCUGGGAAUAGACUGGCUACGCAAGCUUUCACAUGUAAGGCUAAACUAUUGCGGAUGCUCAGAUUCCACGUUGCUCGAGAAGGAAACCGGGCACUUUGGCUCUCCGAAGCAACUCAAUGCAUAGUUUCAUUGUUGAUUACUGCCUUCUUUGAAGACAACCUUGAAGAGUCUACCUUUCAUCUUCGCAUUCUCAGAGAAAUGCUCUACACACAGAGUUCCGCGGGAGACCUAGAUCAUGGUUUCCUUUUCACCGUGCUGUGGUAUGACUUCCAGCAAGCGUCAAAGUCUCUGAGGAACCCAGUGCUCGAUUUUAGUGUGUGGGCGGCAGACCAGUAUCGACCGGGCUGGGAACAAGCCCUACAUGACCUGCCGCGUUUACCAGGCUGCGCCGAGAAAGGGAUGAACGGCGGGGUUCGAGACAGCCUGCUUAAGUCCUUGUUCAUCAGCCUCCGUGAGGUCCUGGAAGUAUCGAGCUUGCUCGCAUCGAAUACUGCGGCCGCCACUCCAUCCAUCAAGAUGGGCAUUGUGCAAUGGGCAUUAGUGUGCCAAGGUCAGAUCUUGAAUCUAUAUGUGGAUGCAAUGUCUGAAGUCCCAGGACGCUUAAACAUCUUGCGGAAAACUCCUCACGUCCUGCCCGAAGACUGGGCCCCUUUUACCAAGGCAUAUACAUGCCUUGCUGCUCUGUGGUGGACACGUCGCCUGAAGAGAGAAGAGAACCUUCCCUCUCGGCCGGCGGCGACAAUUCUUAACGCCAGCAAAACUAUCCUGUCAGCAUUACGUCUUGCGCUGAUACACGCCGAGCUAUUCUCACAAGGCACAGACAGCGUCGUCAACAGCGAAGUGAGACUGUGGGCGCUGCACGUUGGAGCCCUUGCGGAACAACACGGCCGCACAUUCACUGGGUCCAACGAGGACGAGGAGGACGACAAUGACGAUCAUACAUGGUUUACGCGCAGUUUUCUACUCCAGGCGAGAAGUAUGUGCUUGUAUCUAUGGGAAGACGUUCGUAUGAUCUUGCAGAGCUUUCUAUAUGCGGAUAGCCUGGUAGGCCAAAUACCGUCCAUGGUACCCGUCUAG